AUGGUCUACUUUAUUUUGUUGCUUCCUAGGUUGAAUGAGAAUGAUUCUAAGCUCCUAGCAACUCCAGAGAUUGUUGAAGCAAGGGAGACACUUUUGCAGAAGUUGCUAAACAAGAAGAACGCAGUGAUGAAAGCUUCUGAGAACUCCGAGGCUGUUAAUACGUUUCCAGAUGGUGGUAUAAUUUAUAGCACACAAGAAGAUGAGUGCCCAUCUCAGCAAAAGGACGUUUUAGCUGAGGUUGUCAAUGCAUUACAGGAGACAGAGAUUGAUGACCAUGGGAAUACUGAGCAGUGGUUAGAAGAUGAAGAUGUUGAAACUUGCACAUCGGUAGAUGCUCGGAAACUGCCUGCAAGUGAGGAUGAUGUCUCAUUUAGUGAUUUGGAAGAUGAUGAUAACGAUUUUUCAGGGAAACUCUCAAGUUUCAGGCCUGCACAGAGUAAUAAGGCUUCUUCACCUGGUGAAUGGGUUCAACUCGGUGACGCUCAAGGUGGUUUGCAGAAGGCUGGCCAAUCAAGUUCCCAAGAGAAAGAUUCUGAAGGAGAGGAGUCAAAUGAUUGGCUCACUAUCGAUAAUGUAGAUUCGGACAGUUAUGCUACUGUUUGA